UCAAAUGUCAAAAGAAAUGACACUUGACAUUUGUCAAAGUGGUUGUGAUGAUUGGAAAUUUUUAAAUUCAUUGUGCAAUAAAUUCUUGAAUAAGCCGGUGUAUUGUCACACAACCAAGCGAUGAAUAGUCAAGAACAGACGGUGCGGUUUUACUAUAACAAUCAAAAAUCAUGAGGAUAUCCAAGGGCACAAUCAUUAUUUUAGUCUCGAUGCUACUCAUCUCAAUUUUUCUUGCAAAUGUUGUAAAUUUGUUAAGCACUGAUGGGACGAAAGUUAACUUAUCAAUGAAGGAUGAAUAUCUGAAAGUGGCGGACAGUAGCGAUCACCUAAUUUGGUUUUUACAAAUUUCUGACAUACACAUUAGUGUUUUUCAAGACCCGUUUCGCGUAACGGAUUUGAAGGAUUUUUGCUUUCGAACUGUUGACGUAAUUAAGCCUCCUGUGGUGUUGGCUUCUGGUGAUUUAACCGAUGCCAAAACAGCCGACCACAUUGGCUCGCAACAAUUGGAAAAAGAGUGGCAAUAUUACAGAAAUGUACUCAACGAAUGCCGAGUCAGAGAAAAAACUGUUUGGCUUGAUAUUAGAGGAAAUCACGAUAAUUUUAACGUAGCAGAAGCUGACUCUAAACAAAACUACUAUUUAAAUUACUCAAUUCAAGGGCGCCAGCACCCUCGCUCCUACAUUUACCAACUUUCAAAGGGCUCCGAUUUAUACUCCUUUAUAGGGAUCGACGCCUGCUUGGACCCAGGCCCUAGACGCCCUUUCAACUUCAUCGGAAAACUCGACCAAACCGAAAUCGACCACAUCAACAAACUGAUCGAAAGAACGAAAAUUUCGGGCAGUAAUUACACGAUUUGGUUUGGUCAUUUUCCGACUUCUUGCAUUUUGAGUACAGGGAGCGAGGGUGUUCGAAAUUUAAUCCGGAAAGACCCGAAAGGUUUGGUUUAUGUUUGUGGACAUUUGCACAAACUUGGGGGUCUGGUGCCUAAAAUGUACACUUUGCAAAAGUCGGGCUUUUUGGAGUUGGAACUUGGGGACUGGAAAGACAACCGAGUGUUUCGUUUGUUGGCUAUUGAUCACGGAAUGUUGUCUUUCGUGGACGUCGCGCAUGGAGAGUGGCCUGUGGGGCUUAUAACUAACCCCAAACAUGCACAGUUUAUCAACUCGGCGAAAGAGAAUCUUGACAAUAUUAGAAAGUCCACUCAUAUCAGAGUGUUAGCGUUUUCGUUAGGAGAGAUAACGUCUGUAAAAAUACGUAUAAACGAUGGUAAAUGGAUGGACCUGUACCGUGUAGAGGGUCCUCUAUACGUACUGAAGUGGAACCCCAAGAAAUACCUUUCAGGGCUCCACACCAUGGAAUUAUUAAUUAAAGACUCUCACGGAAGGGAAAAGUUUUACUCACAACCCUUCGCACUGGACGAUACUCGUCUAUCAUUUAGUCUUUUGUCUCGAAUAGCUUUAAUGACUGAUGCUAGCACCAUCUUUCGAUUGAUGUUCGUUGUGACGUUAAUUACGUGCAUAUUACCCUUAAUCGUAUUUCGACUUCUCCACAGAAUGGCGGAAGACAAAAAAUUAACUCCUCCGCGCCUCAGAGGCUCUUUUUGUCGGAUGUGGUUGCGUAAAUUCUGGGUGCUCUCAACCGUUGAUCGGAUUUUUUGGCCUAUAUUUUUAUACCCUCUUUACCUGUCCUUCGGACCAUGGUCGGUGGGAUACUUGGUGGAGGACCAUGUGGGGGUGAUUUUUGCAUGGGGUAUUUUCGUCAAUGGCUCCUACUUACCCGGUUCUUUCACUUACGCUUAUGGAUUUAUCCAGUUGGUUACAUUCCAAAUACCUUUAACGUUUAUUCUGGCCCAUGGAGUGGAUCACAGUAUCCAAUAUAAAGUGAUAAAUGCACAAAAAAAGAAAACAAUUUGUGGCCACAUUGGGUUACAUUUGCCCUUUUUGCUGAUAUUCGGGAUUCAAGUACAGAUGGCGUACUUGUUCUGGUUGGCUUAUGGGACUUUGGCCUUUAUUUUGGGGCCUUUGAGGACGUGGUCUUUGUUUUUGGCUGCAGUUCUAUGGUACAAUGCCAUCUAUCUACCAGAGGGGUGUACAAGGAAAGCUGCAAACUUGUUGCAAAUUGUACCAGCGAGAGAUCACAGCGACAGCAAUGUCCUCGAUAUCAAGCAGUAAUUCGAUGUGUCUUUUCCUAAAUGUACUGAUAUUCAAUGUUGAACAAAUCAUUUCCUCAGUUUAGGUUACGACAGGGCCAUACAAGAAAUUAUACCAAAUAUAUUUAUCGAUCUAUUUGUGCUUUCAAUAAAUUACUGUGAGACUUUGCAAUAUUAUUGUUAGACGUUAAUACGGCUCAUGUGAUAGUUUUUGUUAGUAUUAUAAUUGUAGUUAAUUUUUUUCUUCCAUUCCCACAUUCUUAACAAGGUGAAACCUAUUUUUAUAUAUCUUUAUCCCUCUAGUUUGUGUUAUCGAUCAAGAAUUCUAAAUGCAAUAUUGUACUUUCGACGUCAAUCAAUAAAUAAAUAUUGCAGCAGUUA